AUGGAAGAAAAAUGGUCUUCUUGCUCAUCAUGCAUUCCCCAAGUUUCAUUAUUGGUUUCUUGUGUGAUUGUAGCCGAAGUCGCAGUCGCAGUUGUUCCCGAGAUCACCGAAGAGACGGCUCGGACUCAGGUAGAUAUGAACAACUUUUCCGGUUUUAUUUUACGUUAUAUGAUACGUUGCCAGAAGCCCUACGGCUGUAUUCGAAAGGUCGGCUCUGUGUCUGAGCAAAAUGAAAAGAAGCUAAAUCCUAGGCAUUUUCUCCUUUUGUUUUGUCCCAUUACGGCGUUCAGUCUCGGUUAUUGGCAAAUUAAAAGGCGACGUUGGAAACUUGAACUUCUUGAAAAGAUCAAUUCAAUUUUGCCAUCACCUCCAAUCCCUCUACCAAAAGACGCAAAGGCAAGUACUGAUCUACCCGAAUUUCAGCCAGUUAUUGUGACUGGUCGUUUUGAUCAUUCUCGAGAAGUAAUUGUCGGCCCACGGGCCAUCAUUACUGAUGAAAUUCCAGCUAAUGCAUAUGGGAGCGCUUGGGGAUCAAGACCGAUACCAGGUCGUCCUCAAAAACAAUCUAAUCUUAGUGAUUUCGGAGCCCCAACCCCAAAUGGCUACUGUGUUAUAACUCCCUUUGAGCUUAAAGACAGACCGGGCACGUACAUUCUAGUCAACCGUGGUUUCGUACCUACGAUGAUGAGGGACCCCAAAACUCGUCCUGAUGGUCAAAUUAAGGGAGAAGUCACGAUCACUGGUUGUAUCCGCUACAACGAGAAGCCUCCUCCAUUUACCCCUGAUCCUAAACUAUUGCAUAACACCGGAGAAGGUCAACAACCUCACAGGCAAUACUUUUCGCGGGAAGUCCUUCGAAUUUCUCAGGCACUCAACACCCUUCCUAUUUUCAUUGAUGCUAAUUAUGAAUCGACAGUUAAAGGUGGACCCAUAGGAGGGCAGACCAGGGUUGUGCUUCACAAUCACCACACUGAGUACAUCAUCACGUGGUUCUCUUUGGGCGCUAUAACAAUGGGAAUGUGGAUGUAUUGGCUCUUUUUCUGA